GCCUAUAAAUUCCUUCCAAUAGUAUCCACUUUCCCAGCGAUUUCAGAUCGAAAGACAGAGAUGGUCAAGCCAGGUUUAACGGCAAUGGUGGUGGCAGCUCUUGCUCUGGCGGUUGCCACUGCAGUGGUGCUCGCCCGUGCCGAGGCGGAUGACCCCAAGAAGGUGAACGCCUGGUUCAAUAGGCUUAGCCACGCCAAGCGCAAGACCACACGCCUCCACUUCUACUUCCACGACACGCUCUCGGGCAAGAACCCCACAGCGGUGCGCGUCGCCGAGGCUGCGAUGUCCGAGAAGUCUCCGACGCUGUUCGGGGUGGUCAACAUGAUUGAUGACCCGCUGACCGAGGGUCCCGAGCCAGAGUCCCCACUCAUUGGCCGGGCACAGGGGUUCUACGGUUCGGUUGGGCUCGAGUCAGUGGCCCUGCACAUGAACGUGAACCUUGUAUUCAUGACUCCCGAGUACAACGGCAGCACCCUGAGCAUAUUGGGCCGCAACCCGGCACUCGAGACCUAUCGGGAGAUGCCCAUUGUCGGUGGGACUGGCAUUUUCCGGCUGGCAAGUGGGGUCGCGACGGCAAAGACGUACUUUCUUAACCUGACCACCGGCGAUGCUGUAGUUGAAUAUAAGGUCAUAGCUAUGCAUUACUAGACAUUUAGUAAAUAUAUCGUGGCUUGUGUUGUAGUCUAGUCCAAAGGUUAUGGAGUAAAUUACACCAUUGGAGUUGUGCAUGGAUGUUCUGUCGUUUCCAAUUUGGUAAUGCUCUCCGUGCUUCAUGAUUUUUCAUUGAUUUUGGUGGUUUGGAAUCUUUCUUGUGUGGCUCUAGAUGAAGUAUAAAUUAGACUCGGUUUAUCACGGAGUAGGUAAUGUUAUGAUGUUUGCUGCCUCGUGAAAUCAAGCUUGCUGAAAACGUCAGUGAUUUUAUCCACCCAAUGAUUAUGA